AUGUCUGCACAGUCGCGCUGGGCAGACGACGACCCAGAAACUGAGGCAAUUAUCGCGCAACGCAAGCGCGAAAAGGAAGAAAAGAAACGCGCCAAAGCUGAGAAGCAGCGCCAACUCGAGGCCAGCAAAGCUCAGACGACAGCACAAUCUGCCGAUGGCGCCCAGGGGCCCAAUGGGGAAUCAGGACCUCCGAAAAAGCGCCGCAGACUUUCGAAUGAUCCCGAUGCGCCCGACGCUGGUGAGAUCCCACAGAACGAUGAGCAGAAGGGGCAGAAGAAGCGGUCGACUUUGCUGCGGUUCCCUGUGCGCGAAUGGGGAACUUGCAGGCAUGUGAACAACUUCGAGCGAUUGAAUCAUAUCGAGGAAGGCUCGUAUGGAUGGGUUUCUCGGGCCAAGGAUAUCACAACGGGCGAGGUGGUCGCGCUGAAGAAAUUGAAGAUCGAGAAUGCGCCGGACGGGUUCCCGGUCACUGGACUGCGGGAGAUUCAGACACUCUUGGAGGCUCGGCAUCCAAAUGUGGUUUAUCUUCGAGAAGUGGUUAUGGGGAACAAGAUGGACGAUGUAUUCCUAGUAAUGGACUUCCUCGAACACGACCUCAAAACCCUCCUCGACGACAUGCGCGAGCCAUUUUUGCCCUCGGAGAUCAAGACACUUCUCCUACAAGUCGUGGGCGGCCUUGAAUUCCUACAUUCCCAGUGGAUUAUGCACCGCGAUCUCAAAACAUCAAACCUCCUCAUGAACAACCGCGGCGAGAUCAAGCUCGCCGAUUUCGGUAUGGCUCGCUACUACGGUGAUCCGCCACCCAAGUUGACCCAGCUCGUCGUCACACUAUGGUACCGCUCACCAGAGCUACUACUAGGUGCCGAAAAGUACGGUCCGGAGAUUGACAUGUGGAGUAUUGGGUGUAUCUUCGGUGAACUUCUCACCAAGGAGCCUCUGCUACAGGGCAAGAAUGAAGUUGACCAGGUAUCCAAGAUCUUUGCCUUGACGGGUCCUCCGAACCAGCAGAUUUGGCCGGGCUUUCGCUCUCUGCCAAAUGCCAAAUCAUUGAAGAUACCAUCAACCUCAACUUCGCCAGCCGGGAACCCGCCUCUGUUGCCUCGUUCCAGAUUUCCAUACUUGACCAAUGCAGGCUUAAGUCUGUUGUCUAGUUUAUUGGCACUGAACCCCGUCGUGCGCCCGACUGCACAACAGUGUCUGGCACAUGCUUAUUUCAAGGAAGAUCCACGCCCAAAGCCCAAAGAGAUGUUCCCAACCUACCCUUCUAAAGCAGGAAUGGAGAAACGGAGACGCAAUUACACACCUGAAGCCCCAAAGCGGGGCCAGGAAGCACCCGAGCUGGACUUUGCGAGUGUAUUUGGAGGAGCCCCGGGAGGAGAGUCGGGGGAGACGGGUGCUGGCUUCGCACUGCGUCUAGGAUAG